CUUCCCUUCCCUUCCCUUCCCUUCCCUUCCCUUCCCUUCCCUUCCCUUCCCUUCCCUUCCCUUCCCUUCCCUUCCCGCUUCCCUUCUCUCCUUCUGCAUCUCUCUCCCCUCUCCCUUCUCCUCUCUCCCCUCAUUUUCUUCUGGAAUAUCAUGAGUUUCUUGAUGUGUCCUGCCCUUGUGUUCUUUCAAGAAGAGCAGAUAAUCUAAGCGUCAAGGGUUGUUUUCUUCAAAAAUACUCCAUAGCAUGCAUUUUCCAGGCAGCUUUAGACUGAUGCUGAAAACCUGCAAAUCACUAAUUUUAUGUUGCAGCAAAUCAUUCUGUUUAAUUUCUAUCUGAGUACCACAAAAGAACCCUGUUCAAGGUAGGUUCUGCUGGUUUUCAAGAACUGUCUGGACUUUUUGUCAAGACAUUUGUCACCAGUUGCCAAACCUACAGCUCCAGGAAGGCCUGAUUCUUUAGCCUCACUGUAGGAAAUGAGUUGUCGACUUAGUGUGCCUCUGACUUUCAUUGGGGAGGAUUUGUGCACACUGAGUCUGUGAUAAGCUUAAUUUGAGUCCUUGGGAAUAAAAAUACCUUGCCCUCACAGAUUCCUGACUGAGCACUUGUUAAUUUCUUCAUAACUGCUAGAAGAGUUCAUUCCUUAAUCCUUUAGAUGCCUCCACAGUCAUACUGGUUAUGGACAUGGCAUCAGGGACCACUCCAUUGCACUCAUUGUCCCUAAUAACAGCCUUUGACUUUUGGUGAGCCCUGGACUGGUCAGGCAGUCAAACUAGAUGGUUGUUUUAGGUCCCUUCCAAAUGGAGCUGGAUCCCUUCCCAUUCACCUCCCCUUCCCUCUUCUCUUUAUCUUUUCUAAAUUAAUGCAAGUGAAAGCUGCUGGACAAAAAAAAUCCAGAAGCUCCUCUUCUGACAUUGGAGCUUACGGAAGCUGUUUCACCUUUGGAAACCUUUAUUUCCCACUGGCAAUGCUUUCUCUUCCAGGUCUUCAGCGAGCAUCUCUGCAAGAGCUUGUGAGUGUUGUGCCCUGGAUUCUGGCCACUCAGGUCCCGAAGACUUCCAGCCUCAAGUGGCCCAGCUUUUCUCUGGGCCACUCACUCCGGUGCUUAAUCAUCCUCACAGGGAUUUUGGUUUUGAUUCUCUGUCCUAUUCCCAGAGUUGGCACCCUCUCUCACUCUCUCACCAGGCAGUGCUGGGAAGAGCCUGUCCCCAUCCCCUUGAUGCCUUUUCCACGGGCACCAGGCUGUGCCCUGAGGUGGGUGCCCCAAGGCCUUCUCUGCUCCAUGGCGGACCAGCCCCACAGACCCUCCUUGCGUCCCCUGAGCCCCUCUGAGCCCCUCUGCUUCGUCGACUUCCCUCCUCUCCAGGACUCCCAAUGGGAUGUAGUGCCUGGAUGAGGCCUGAGGGCUGCUGAGCAGAGGGGGAUCACCCUUGUGCCCUCUGGCCGGGGGAGAAAGACAGGAGAAAGCUGUGACAGCGAGACAAGUGCUGCCUGUGACCCAGCGUGGGAGAAAGCAGAGGAGCCCAGAGGGCUGGGCAGCAGUGCUGGAGCGUGGGGAGAGCCUGUGGGACUCUGUCCUGUAGCCUCCAAGGGAGGCACAAAGUGUAACCCAACAAACCCUCUUGCCAUAGGUGCCUGGAGAUUUCUGCCAUGGCAGAACGACCUGAUGGGGCCCAGUGAAGACACAGCCAAGGCCUUGGUGACUGGCAUGAAACACCGAUGCUGAGCACCAGCGAAGAGACGGGGGACGGAGUGGGCGUUGCGGAAAUGCCACAUGCAUGUGCUGCAGCUGCAGUGCUGCCAGGCCGAGCUUCAUGGGUGAGGGUAGCCCAUUGUGACGUCCCCGAGCAAUGGACUGUGACAUCUUGGAGCGCCGGAUUGUGACCAUGCAUCCCUCACUGCUGGUAUCUGGGUGCUGAGCCUCACCCAGCCAGUUGGUGCCCGCACUCCAGCUGAGCGACUUCGCGAGGUUCGGAGCGUUGAGCGAGGCCUUCGGUGCUGGUGCUGUGCUCAGAGAGUUGUUUGUUGCAGCUUUCAGUGCCCAAGCCCAGAGCCACCAGAGGAUUUUCCCCGACCCUGCCAGGUUCAGGCAGCCGGGGCACGCAGGAGGCGCGCUCGCAGCAGCAGAGCGUGACGCCCACUGCCGCAGCAGCCGUGAGAGGGAGCAACACGACAUCCCCAGCUCCCUGUAGCCCACCGCAGCUCGUGGAGAGCAUGGCCAUGGAGAUGGACAACUUCUGUCCAGUCUGCCAGGACAGCUGGGAGGAGGCCAGCUACGUGACACCAUGCCUCCACCGGUUCUGCUAUCCCUGCAUCUUGCAGUGGGCUGAAACCAAGCCCGAGUGCCCCCUCUGCAAGAGGCGGAUCCUCUCCAUCGUGCACUCGGUGCGUGCGGAUGACGACUUUGAGGAGCACGUCAUCACAACACCUGCGGUGCCGUCGGUCGCCAGCCGCCAGGCAGGAGAUCCCGGCCGUCCAGCUGCCCACAGCCGCCGUGGCCCUGCAGCAGCACAAGCAGCGCAGCCCGUGGGACUGGUGCAGGGGGCUCCUCUGCGUGGCCUCCGGCCCAGCACCUGGGCAUCCCUUUUCCGGGACCACCCAGCCCUCCUCCAGCCCCUGCUGAGCUGGGCGCAACAGGAGCUGGGGCUGAUCUUUGGGAGCCGGCGUUCGCGGGCAGACCUAGUGGAGGAGCUCCUCGCAUCCCUCUUGGUCCUUUUCGGGCUGGACGAAGACCUACUGGUCCAGCUGUUGGCGGCCACCCUGGAAAACCACGCAGCGACGUUUGUGCACCGGCUUAUUGACGUCGCUGUGCAAUGGUGCAGCGGGGAGGCCCGUCGCCUGCUGGGCCUGGAGGACGGCCGUGCUGCCGGUGGGCGGGAGGGCAGCCCCGUGGCUGCCCCCAGCCCCUCUGCAUCGCGAGGAGGGUCUCCCGCACCUGGCCCGGCCCCUUCCAGGAGCCCUGAGGGAACCAACAUGGGUGACGUCCCCAGCACCUCAACGGCUGCCCUUAGUGGGGAUCCCAGCAGCCCGCCCCUUGGCGCUGGUUCUCUCUCUGGGGAGCAAGAAGAGCCCCGGGAGGAGACCGAGGAGGCUGCGGCACAUCCAUCUGCUUCCAGCUGGGACAGAGAACGCUCCCCUGGGCAGCCACGGCGAGCCCCGAAGAGGAGGGCCGGCAGAUCCGAGGCUUCUACUCCAGCCAAGAAGAGGCCGCCCCACGGGCAGCGCUAGAGGAAUGCCCCAGGCGCUGCUGAAAGCAGGGCUGGGCCAGCAGCUGGGGCGUGCGCUGGCCCUCGAGGAUUCCCGGCCCUCUAAUUCUACUUAGCAGGGCAAUAAAAGAAAAUAGAGAACUGGAGACCGCAGAAAAAGUGUCAGUGUUAUUAAUAUGUGCAAUUGCUAUCCCAGCCCAGCUGCCUUCUCCCUCUUUUGCUGGGACCAUGUCCAGGGUUUACUCCUGUUGUCCUUAGCAGAGGACCAUGGGGCUUCUCCCUCUGGUCUUGCACAGCCCUGCUUUGACUGUCAUGGGGCCCGGCCUGGUUCGGCCCUUCCCUUCCCUUCCCUUCCCUUCCCUUCCCUUCCCUUCCCUUCCCUUCCCUUC